AGACAAACGGACAGACAGAUAAACGUACUUACGUAGCGACGCUUUAAAUACCUCCGCGUGACUGUGACAGGGCACCGUCCUGAUCUGAACACACGCUGCCCAGCCUCCCUGUCUCAUUUUCGGCCUUGAAACGGAUGGAGCUCGGGUCUCCUCUGGACUUCCAGCCCCGCGUCACCUGAAGCCCCUCACAGCCGGGCUCCGCACUCACAACCCCCGCAGGAUUCCGCUAAGCAGGCCGCUGAGGACUACCCCUCCGUGAAGUCCCAUGCGAUUCUUCAGACUCACAUUCAAGUGUUUCGUGGAUUGUUUUUGAAAGUAGCUGUGCGUUCUGUGGCGUUUAUUUUUUACGUUUUUUAUUUUUGCAUUUUUCUUCCUAACCCCAUUCUUUUGCACCACCAACUCUUGACUGAACGUUAUUUGACUGUGUUAAGUGUAAAGUGACUGAAGCCGCGCGGUUCGUGCGUGACAUCGCGGAUGAACAGGUGACUGAGAAAGGACUAAAAAGCAGUGGGUGAAAUUUCACAGAUAAUAUAUCUCAGCAGCUGCUUUCGCUCGGACCGCGCUCCGGAGCUGCAGCAGCGGGAGGAGGAGAGCUCUUUAGAGGUGACAGGUGAGCGCUGCCCCCGCAGAGACACACGGGACACACGGCUCUAAAUCUGCGGCAACAGGACCGAGGAUUAACGGGACGGAAAUACGAGCGGGCUAUGAGCCAUUAUUAGUAACUUCUAACGGGAUUUUUUGGCCGAGCAGCACAAUUUGAACCUUACUCAAAAGACGCUUCUCACAGACUCAUUUUAAAAUCGCAUUUGAAUCGUUUUAUUCGACUAAUUACUGACUCUUAUAACGCAUGCAACCGGAUUUCAAUUGACUUCCGUUCAAGUGACUUGUAAUUUAAUUUUUUUUUUCAUUUAACAUCCAAGUGCAAAAACAGCCACUACUAUCAUGAACAAUUGGGAAUCUGUACAAAACUAAAUUCUUAAUUCAAUAGUCAUUUCAACUGCUAACUACUGCUUAUUAUAAAAUAGUCCAUAACAUGCAUAGGCCUAUUACCCCCGACUAAAAGACUAGAGCUUGACUAUUUCAACUUUAAAGUGAAUUUAAAGUGACUUCUAGGCCUAUUUAUUGUAAGAAUAGACUACUUAUUCUAUAGCCUGCUUAUUUCAGCUAUAUUGAGAAUUUAAAUUUAUUUUCCAGUUCGGGACAAUUCAGAAGUGCAUUGAUCUUUGAUAAAAAUUGAAACCAUUUCUCAGAUUAACUUUGCUCAGAUUUUUGUUUAGACUUUUUUUUUAACGACUUACUGCUCUGUGGAAGCAACCAGUGACAGUGAAAGAUUCAAGCUGAUUUUUAGAGCCAUAAACUAUUCUGAAAUUUAAAACGUCCCUGAGCGAUGGAGAAGACUGAAAAACAGUCUCUGCCUGCCUCGGCGUCCUCAACUCUACUGGACGAAUUAAACAAAAAGUCCCAUUUUGUCGCCAAUGGUGGUGGCAGUCAUCAUUACCCGCCUGUGCCAACUGCAAAUGGCUCACUUGUGGCCACUGUGGCGAUGGGAGGUGUGGCUUGUCCUGAGAAGAAAGGGACUGUGGUCACAGGUGGCUCAGGGGCAGUGCCAGGUGCGUAUCCGGAGCGGGAAACAUGGACCCGACAAAUGGACUUCAUCAUGAGCUGUGUGGGCUUUGCUGUGGGCCUCGGGAAUGUAUGGAGGUUUCCGUACCUGUGCUACAAGAAUGGAGGAGGUGUGUUCCUGAUCCCAUACCUUCUGAUCGUGUUUGUCGGUGGAAUUCCAAUCUUCUUCCUGGAGAUCGCUCUGGGGCAGUUCAUGAAGGCGGGAAGCAUCAACGUGUGGAACAUUGCUCCGCUUUUUAAAGGUCUGGGAUAUGCAUCGAUGGUGAUAGUUUUCUUCUGUAACACUUACUACAUUAUGGUGCUAGCGUGGGGCUUCUAUUACCUGAUCCACUCGUUCAGCUCCACUCUGCCCUGGUCCUCCUGCGAUAACCCCUGGAACACACCUAGCUGCAGCGAGAUCUUCCAACAAGCCGCCUGCAACAACAGCUAUGCUAAUGGCAGCAUUGCUAACUCCAGCCUGGCUAACGUUAGCAUCACAGCGAACCAGAGCUGUGAAGUGGGCCACUCCCCCAUCAUCGAGUUCUGGGAGAAUAAAGUGCUGGACAUCUCCUCUGGUCUGGAUGACCCGGGGACUAUCAAAUGGGAGCUGACCUUGUGUUUGAUGGCUGUGUGGAUUCUGGUUUAUUUCUGCGUCUGGAAAGGAGUCAAGUCAACUGGGAAGAUCGUGUACUUCACAGCCACAUUCCCCUAUGUGGUCCUGAUUAUCCUGUUUGUCAGAGGGGUGACUUUGCCUGGAGCCUAUGACGGUAUCAUGUACUACAUCAAACCAGAUUGGUCCAAACUGCAGGAGGCGCAGGUGUGGAUAGACGCUGGGACCCAGAUCUUUUUCUCCUAUGCCAUCGGCUUGGGAGCUCUGACAGCUCUGGGCAGCUACAACCGUUUCAACAACGAUUGCUACAAAGAUGCCUUUGUCUUGGCUCUGAUCAACAGUGGCACCAGUUUUUUCGCUGGGUUUGUGGUCUUCUCCAUCCUGGGCUUCAUGGCUGCUGAGCAGGGAGUGGACAUCUCCCAAGUGGCAGAGUCAGGUCCCGGUCUGGCGUUCAUCGCGUACCCCAAAGCCGUGAGUCUGAUGCCUGUUGCUCCUCUGUGGGCUGCCCUCUUCUUCUUCAUGUUACUGCUGCUGGGACUGGACAGCCAGUUUGUGGGAGUGGAGGGCUUUGUGACUGGGAUCUUGGACCUCUUUCCAAUGAAAUAUAACCACAAGUACAAGAGGGAGAUUGCUGUAGCUCUCUGCUGCCUCCUCUGCUUCAUCAUCGACUUGGCCAUGGUUACACAGGGCGGGAUGUAUGUGUUCCAGCUCUUUGAUUACUACUCAGCUAGUGGAAUGACCCUCCUGUGGCAGGCCUUCUGGGAGUGUGUGGUUGUUGCCUGGGUCUAUGGAGCGGACAGGUUUAUGGACGAUGUUGCUCGGAUGAUUGGAUACAGGCCGUUUCCCUGGAUGAAGUGGUGCUGGUCGUUCAUCACUCCGUGUGUCUGUAUAGGUAUCUUCCUGUUCCACCUGGUGAACUACAAGCCCCUCACCUACAACAACGACUACAUCUACCCAUGGUGGGGCGAGGUGAUCGGCUGGUGUCUGGCCCUCUCCUCCAUGCUGUGUAUCCCAGUCAGUCUGCUCUACAAGCUGUUCAGGGCCAAGGGCAGCUUCUCCCAGCGCUGGGCUUACCUGACCACGCCCAUCUGGGGGGGCCAUCACCUGGAGUACAUGGCACCUGACGUCAAGUCUCUCACCUCCAUGUCCCCAGGGGGUGAAGACAAUAAGGUCAUAAUCUUUGAAAGUGUCAUGUAAAAAAAAUAAAACCAACUCCAUCUACCAGAAAACAAUUACAAGUCCCACUCACUUCCCCCACUCCAGAAGACAAAAUGGAUGCCAAUGUUGAUCGCUGGAAUGCUUCAUGAGUGAUUGGUCAACUAGAAGAAGCAGUUUAUAGCCAAAAUGUCUGCCACAGGAAAAAAAUAUUCAAAUUUGUGAUCUACAACAAUGAGUGAAAACAAGAGUGGAAACAUCUUAUCUCCAGAACAACCAUCCUGAACACCAAAGUGUUUUAUAUCAAUGAAUGCCAUGUCUUAUACUAAAAAACUGGGCCAUACAAAAUUCAAUUUGCCAAAAUGUAAUCAGUAUUUGGAGACAGAAUUUUGAGCCAUCUAUGCAAAAAGAGUCCAGAGGGAACAAGUAAUCAUGACAUUUUAGCCACAUUUUAAUUACAUUGAAGAUUGAAGUGUUAAACUUUGAAACUUUGAGGUGAAUAUUCUGAAAAAUGUGGGCUUUUUUUUCCUAAACAAUUUGCAUUUAAAAAAAAAAAAAAAAUUAAAAAUCAGUGUUUUCUCCAAAAGGUGUAGACAUUUAAGCUGUAGAACAAAAAUUUCAGCGACCUUGUUUUAAGAAGGAUUACACAUGUGGAUUUGAAGAGAAAUUUUGAAACUGAAUCUACAGUGGACACAAGGAUAAAUGACUCUUUAUUGAGACAUUUUUGAGCCAUAUUUUGGAAUCAACAAAACCAAAAGGGAAAACUAUCCUCAGAUUUUCAUUCAUUAUUCCACUAUAGAACAAAAUGGAGGUAAUUGACCUCCAUUAAUGAUAGUGCAAUGUUUUUUCCCUUUGAACAAUGAUGCUUAAGGGUACUACUUGCCCUAGUCUGUAUAUAAAAUCAGGAAAAAGAGAAGAAUGAAGCCACAAAGUAUGAACAAUAGUAAUACAUUAUUUUAUCAAUCUUUAUUUCAAUCUUUAUCAGUAUUUUCAAUUUUUUUUUAUUUCAUUUUAUUUUUUGACUUUUAUGCACUACUGUACAUUGUCAUUCAGUCGAUACUAGUUUGUACUAAUUCAUAUUUAGUUGACUCCUAUGCCAUCAAUAUACAUUCAGCACAAUACAAUUCCUCAUUAUAUAUUUUGCAGAUUUUUCCUUUUCUUUUGAAAAUGAAUUAAAGUGGUUUAUACUAUGUAUGUGCAAUAGCUAAUAGUACUGCUGGCUGAAUCCAGUGUACAUUGUUAUUUAUAUACAGACUAGAGUAAGUUUUCUGGAGUGGGAAAUGUAUUAUAUUUUUGUACACGUCUGAACUAAAUAUAAGGGAUGCCAUUAUUCACGGAAAUGAAACUAUCUGGGUGAUUCUGGCUGCCUCCUCUCUUUCUGCAGAGGACAGACAGUUUUAUUGGUAUUUAAGUAAUCUUUGCUGUUUAAAUGGUUAAAUGUCAAGCACCUUUCCACCGAAUAAAUCUGAUUCAAGUGUAGAAGGUCCAAACCAUAGAGACCAAACACUAAAAUGCCAUUUGAACACUCUUAUUGGCAUAAUUGUGUUUCAUAAAGAUUCACAAGAUCCUUUAAUUGGAGCCAAUCAAAUCAGUUUGUCAUGUUUGGUCAGUCAGCACGAUGACUUACACUAAACAGGCUAUGUAUAAAUAUGAAGCACACAGCUCACAUAUUUCAGUCAUGGGGGUGAUGAUAAACCUACAGAACAAAAUUACGUGAGUUGGUCACUAUACCACCACAGUCCACUCUUCAGUUUAGUUGAAUUGACAUUAAGGACGCUCUGAAAUAAUUUACUCACUGUAACUGUAGGCCCCAUGUCUGACUGGGCUGUAUUUGGUGGAAGUCGGUUCUGGUUCUGCACUUUUACUGUUGGUCGAUUAUAGUGCCAAAUUCGGCUCAAGGUGCCAACACCACAUCUACCAUUUUAUUUUUCACCGAGUCACCUCCACAAACAUUCAUGGUCCCAAAGAGAACAUGGGACGUGAGCAGCUGGCUAAUGGAGAGUUUACUGGAGCUCAAAGUAUUUUAUUUUUAUGAAUAAAAUACUUUUGUACAAAUUUUAAAAAGAAAAGUACUUAUCAUAUUUUUUUUGAAAUAUCAUUACAUUUUUACCCAGUUUUCCUAAAAUCUUUGUUUGUGACUCGGUGAAAUCCUAGCGCUGCCUUAUGCCAUUGUCUCAACUCUUGAGCCUGGAUAGGUUUCAGAAGUUUUGACUGAUCACAAAUCUGGUCUCUUGUUUUACCUAAUCAACUCAACUUUGUUCUCCACCAAUCAGAAUCCAGUAACCUCCAUGAUUUGAAUGUACCAUGUACAAAUCUAUUUGAUAUCUCUCAUGCAUUUGCACAUUGUUGUAAAAUAAUAUGGCACUUUGAAACAGUUUGUUUUACAUGUGGAAAAUGACAGAGAUUUAUUUUAAGUAUAUUGCUAUCUAAGUGUUAUUCUAUAUUUGAUGCAGUAUGUAAUUAUGUUGAAGGGAAGGCUUACUUUCAGCUGAACGUUGGCUUCAGAUGACGCACAUUGAGUAGACUGGAUUUUUGCAAAGUUCUACCAAAUCAGUCUGCUUAAGUUUAAAAGGUUAAAUAAUCAGUCAUUUCUCAGUGUUAAGAUGUAAGUUUCUAAUGGGUCCAUGUCACUCAAGUGUGCGCAGUCUGUGGGAACGAGCAGCAGGCGGUGGGAUACUGGGAGUUUGCUGCGAUGCAGUGAUGAGGCUGAAUGUGUGGCUGACACACUCAAAGGGAGUGUUUGACUUUUUUAAUUCCUCUUUUACAAAGUGCUCAAGAGUUUGAAUGAAAUAGUUGUAGAUUAUUUUAAUUUUUUUUUUUUUUUCUUAAACCUCACCACCAUCAGCAUUACUUUAUACACAAUACUAUAAGCAUCAGUAACUUAACAUUUAGGGAUUCUCUUUAUAGAUUUGAAAUAUUUAUAGAUUGUCUAUACAAGAAAACACAGACUAGUGAAUCAAAAUACACAAAGCAAUUUAUAACAAUUAAUCUAUAUGUAUGUAUCUACACAUGUAUAAAAUAUAAACUAAAACAUUCAUAAAAUAUACAGUAAUGCAUUUUCUAAUCUUUUGAAAUUAUGGAACUAAAUCUAUUUAAAUGUUUUAAAACAAAGUUGUAAAUGAUGCACACAUAGACUUCUAAAUUUAGGUGAUUCUCAGACCUAAUCAGUGCCACUAAUCGUCUUACUCACGUUUUCUAGACUUUCCUUGAGAUGUAGACACCUUUAGUUCUUGUAAAUUAAUGUGUUUUUAAGUGAAAUUGAUUUGGAUUGAAGCCUGUGAGGGUUGAAAGAUUAAACUAUCUUCAGAAUAUGCAGCCAUUAACAUUUAAGAUUGUAAUUAAGUGUACAUUCACAAUUUAAUACAGAUAUAAUUUUGUCUUGUGCUUUUCACCAAAAAUCUGUACAAUUAUCGUAUCUUUGAACUGAAAGUGUUCUUGGCACUUAAAUAUAGAAAACAUGGUCAGAUAUCAAAUUAACAUUUUUUUGGCUUUGGAUAAGAAUUUGAGCAAUGUUAUUUUGUUGAGUUUUGGUUCAAAGAUCCGGUUAAACUGGAACAAAGAAUUUACUGUAAUCGUCUAAAUGUGAAAAAGUCUUCCAUGAGCUGUUUGUGCAUUGUAGUUUCAUCUGUAAAAAUCAGGACUCAGCGCUUUUACAUCACAAGCUGAAAAUAAAAGAUUUAAAGUCAAAGCAGUACAUAGGAAUCCAAGAGAAAUGUUCAGGUCACAUGAGAUAAGUGUGGGAUUCAAACUGAAAAGAACUACAAAUAUGGUGUACUAUGGCUUUCAUGUCGAGUCCUGAUUAUGUCAUCAUUGACCUCUGACCCCUUGAGGGCCUCCAUUUUGUGUGCAACUGUGAUAACCUCAGACUAAAACAUGCAAUAAACUAACCUCGAAACAAA